AUGUGCCACUUUCAGGUCUCCUCACACUGCUGGUGUGUUCCAUUUUGUCAUAGGGUGCUGGCAGAUUACAGGCCUCCCAUAGCUGCUGCCAGGCCCCUAAUCUGCCAUGGGCCCCUGUACCGCCUCCUCAUGCUGCUGCCAGGCCCCUAAUCUGCCAUGGGCCCCCGUACCGCCUCCUCAUGCUGCUGCCAGGCCCGUAAUCUGUCAUGGGCCCCUGUACCGCCUCCUCAUGCUGCUGCCAGGUCCAGAGUGUGUCAUGGGUCCCUGUACGGCCUCCCAUUGCUGCUGUCUCCAUCGCCACACUCUGCCAUGUGCCACUUUCAGGUCUCCUCACACUGCUGGUGGGUUCCAUUUUGUCAUAGGGUGCUGUAUGGCCUCCCAUUGCUGCUGCCUCCACCGCCACACUGUGGCUCCACACUCUGGUUUUGGCCCCGUGACUGCCCAAAUGAGUGAAGUGUGCGGUGAUUCUAAGAUCGACGGCACUCAUCUUCAUGUCAUACUGACUGACAGUAUUAUUUCUUUUCCCCAGCAGACUCCAAGGGCAUUUAAAUUAAAGGUACAGUGUUCUGCACUAAUAUAA